AUGGUUAAAAUUCUACUUGACCUCUCAUGUCAACGAACACCUUUGUUAAUUCGGAAGAAGCGUAACUUUCAAGAUCCCAAAAAUAAGAAAGAAGUGCUGGUCAUUAGCAAAGAAUGUGUAUCUCAAGUUAAGAAUUUAGAAUCUGAUAACGACAAAUGGCUUUUCAUUUGUGAUAAACUAGGCGACAAAUUUGUGGAGGUCAAUCCACCUAAACUUGAUCCUAAAAUCUACAAAUAUAAUAAGCAAUAUAAGAAGCUCAUGUUAAUACUUGAUAGAAAUGAGCACGGAUAUCCUUGUGACAAACUUUUGACCACUAUUGGUAAAACUUUAGAACAGGUUCCAAAAUGUCUUGCAAGUGUCAAAGAGAAAAUCAAGAACCAUAUCAAAUGGAGCCAUGAUAAGGCUUUGAAUAGUAAGAUGAAAUGGUGGGAACAGAAUUAUGCAACCAACUCUAAACACUUGCCUCUCAUCCCUUAUGAAAAAUUCCCUAAAGAUUUAAGACAAUUCCUGAUCUACAAAGAUUGGUACAGAUUAAGUAUUGACAUCAAACAUUCCAAUCCUGUCACCCAGAUUGGCAACAUUCUCAAUAGCAUGGAUUUUGGAAAAAUCAAAGACGAAAGUAAAUACUACAAAUAUAUUGGUAACAACACAUCCCUGUCAAACCUCUUGAACAAAGCAACACUAAUUGGUACUGAUGGAUCAUGUAACAAUAAUAUUGCUGGAUACGAUAUUGUAACUGAUCAGAAUGUUUCCAUCUCCAGUCACACCUUAGGACAAGGAACUUCCUACAACAGUGAAGUUCAAGCAUUCCACACAGUUGUUAGAUUGCUAGAUAACAACACUCCUAGAACAACAGUCAUAGAUGCGAAAAGUAUUUAUGACCAACUUUUCCAAUUCAGAAAAUCUAGACAUCCUUAUGUCGAAGAAAUUCGUAAUUAUUUAAAAGUGAAAGAUCAGAUCAAAAUUAUGCAUAUUAAUAGUCAUACAGGUAAACAAGAUAUCUAUAGCCGUAUAAAUGAAUUAGAGGACAGGGCUGCUAAGAAAGGUGCUGAUUGUAACAACAUUCUUACUAAUAUUCCAUCCAAUAAUUGGUAUAUUAUUAUCAACAAUGUAUUAUAUACUCAAAACACUAGACAAACAAUGUACAAACUUAUAUUUCAACGCCUCCACAAAAGAACAUACACGCCAAAAAACCUUCCUCCCAAGAACAGAAAGUUCACCAACAUUUACCCCUCAAUAGGAAUCGGUUUCAGAACCUUAAAUCUAAUAUUUAAAAUUAGAGUGAACGUGAUGAAGACUUUGGAAAAUUUAAAUAAGAUAUCCAAGACGAACUUGCUAUGUCCUUGCUGUAGUAGAGAGACAAUGCAACACAUUAUUUUUGAAUGUAAAUACUGUAGUGAUAUAAGAAAAGAAAUGUUUAGGAAUUUAUAUAAUAUCUCAAUAUAUGCAAAGAAUAACAGGAAAUUCUCCAAACGACUAUUGUACCUCAUCAAGACUAAGCAAGAUAUCCAUAGCCUAACAGGUGCUAAAGUUGGAUUGGGUAAGAAAUGGGACAAAGUAUUUACUAAGGAAGCUUAUUGA